AUGUCAGCCUCCAAAUCAGCUCGGAAGCUCAGAGACAUCGCAGCUGGAUGGCCAACAGAUCCAUUUCGGCCUAACAUCCAGCUCAAAAAUUUCUUCCAGUCACUUGCGUCACAUCCCAACUUGACCCCGGAAGCUGUCCAGGCAGCUCGAGGUCUGCUUGAGAAUAACGUCCAGAAGAAGUACCCUCUAUCGAAGAGAACUCUUCAACCCGCAUCUAUGCCUAAACAUUACGAGCGUCUCAUCCAAGGAUAUGAGCGGAGUGCUAGAGGAACCGGAAGACCGUGGUGGCAGAUUUUCUUUGGGAUUUGGAGAUAG